CAGCGCAGAUCACGUGACUCAAUGUUUUGCUCCGUCUACCAGGUGUCGACUUCUUCCACCUGCUGUCCGUCAAACCCGAGUACUUUCAUCACAUAUGGGCUAUGUAGAGGCAGCGAGGUGUUUUUAAUCACACACCGGACUCACUAGUGAACGUUACGUUAUUAAAACACAACGUUAAACUGACUGAAUUAACCUCAGUUUAGCCAGAAAGCAUCAAUAGCGGCGACUAUGGCGGCGGUCGACAGCUUUCAGUUGUUGUACAGAGAAAUUUCUCGGUCGUGCAGUUUUUAUUUGGAAACCCUGGCCCUGGUCGGGGCUCUGUACACGGCCAGCAGGGCGGUAAUCCUGCUCAGAGACUGCUGCACGCUGGUGAGGGUGCACUUUCUGCCGAGGAUGAUCCCCAGUAAGAGGCUGAGCCAAAGGUUUGGUGACUGGGCUGUCAUCUAUGGUGGAUCAGACCCUGUGGCCCGAGCCUACGCCGAGGAGCUGGCCCGGCACGGUAUCAGCAUCAUCUUUGUCACCCAGGACCACACGUCUGUCAGAGACACCGCCGCAUCCCUCUCCCAAAGCUACGGCGUGGAAACCGUUGUGGUGCUGGCUGACUUCUCUUUGGACCAGGCGGCCAGCAAACCCAUCAAAGAAGCCAUGCGGGGUAAAGACAUCGGCUUCCUGGUGAACUGCGUGGACGAGUCUUGGGUUUCCCCUCGGAGCCUGGUUGAGAUGCCCGAGCAGGGCCUGUUGGAUUUGGUGAAUAAGAACGUGGCGGUGGCUACGCUGAUGGCCCGGUUGGUGCUGCCGGGGAUGGUGGAGCGCUGCAGAGGAGCCGUGGUCAAUAUAUCCUCGGGGGCUUGCUGCAGACCCCUGCCUGGAAGAGUGACACUCACCGCCUCCACUGGCUACCUGGAUCAUUUCUCAAGAGCUCUUCACCUCGAGUACAGCGGCAAAGGGAUUUUUGUCCAGAGUCUGAUUCCUUUCCAGGUAGAUUUCCUUGAUAUGACCAUAGCAUCAAGUGGCCGACAACCAUUUUCAUCAAGACAGAGCUGGUUCGCGCCGAAGCCCGAGGUUUACGCUCACCACGCCAUCUCCACCCUGGGCGUCUCUAACAGGACCACCGGCUACUGGCCUCACACGCUGCAGUACGGACUGAUGAGAUGUAUCCCAGAGUGGAUUUGGGUUCUUGGAGCGCGUGUGCUCGUCAGUUCGAGCUAAGAGCUCAACCUCUCUGCUCCCUUCGCUGACAGACUGGACCCACUUACUGGAUCUUCUCGUUACUGGAGUCAGUGUAGACUGUUAGUUUCUUCCGCCAUCCGUGUAAAGUUGUUUAACUCUCAGGCUCUGUCGAGGUUGGUAGUUCAGAGAUUUUAUUCGAAUGAUAUGGUACCACUUUCGAGGGAAGUUGCAGUGGAAUUCGCCUGAAAUAAUGAAUGAAUAUAUAUAUAAGGAUUACUAUAGUGUGACGUAUAACCUGACGUAUACACGUCUUUUGACAUUGGAAACUGGGUUUGGCUUUGAGAUUGUAAGGUCGUUAAUGAUUAUUGGAGCAUAAUAAUCAUUUGGUUUGGUGCCUGGACUUGAUGCUUGAUAAGAUGUUUCCACUCAGAUGGUGGCCAACGUGGAUCAUAAAGGCCUGGUUCAUAAAAAUAUAGAAAAAACAAUAGAAUGUAGAAUUUAUUUUUCUGUUUGUUCAAACAAGUUGCACACAGUAUAGACGUACAGGUGAGAUCAAAAAAAUAAAAUCAUGAGGCAAAGUAAGAAAUCCAGUAAACAAACACAUAAAUAUAAAUAUAGGUAAUAAAUGCUGAUAUUCUAACCUAACCUGUAUCCUGUAGCGAUUCUGUCCUAAAGGAUUUGGGUUAUAAAUGCUCUCUGUGCUUAUUGUGUGCUGACAUUUGACUUUCCAGUUCAUUCUGGUUGUACCUGCUUUCUACCAUCACUGUGGGACCACACCUGCAAUAUACGGCACACACUCAAAGAGCAAAACAUCAUUAAGUUAAACAGACAGAUAGGAUCAUUCUUCUAAACCUAUUUAUAUUUGAGUGAGCAAAAGCUGCGGAUAUGUAACAUUAAAUUACUUCCAAGUACUAUAAGGAGUUUUUAACUUUGUGUGAAACAAUCUUAAUUUAAUACUGACGCCUCUGUAUGACCUGCAUAAAGACCAUCAGGGAGAAGAUUGGCUGUUUCUUUAUAGUUAUUCGUAAUUUCUGCCACCAGGUCGGAUUCAGAUGGUCCCGAGGUUGUAGAAACACUACCGCUUUUGUCCACAGGGGUCAUCAUAAUCAAGAAAGUGAAAGGUCCGUGUAGCUGCUUGAAGUGUAUUUUUGCAAUACUAUAACUAAAAAUAUGUUAAUUAAAGGUGGAAAGGACACAUUUAACUCUAAAUUGUGACCAAAGAAAGCAUAAAUCUGAAUAUAUUCUUGCAAUGUGAAUAUGCCUUUAGCUUAUUUGGCUUGCCAGUGAGGUUUUAUAGUGUUUUACAGCAAAUAAGUGCGGUGGUGAAUGUGGAACGAUAGUUUUAGGUGGAUGUGGUGUCUUUGCUCCGAGUACAAGGUUCAUGCAUCUCCAGGAGUGAAUUUGAAAUGCACUGAAAGAGUGAGAGUGUGAUGUUUUACUGAGAAACUAUAUUUGAGUAUAUGUAGAUAUUGCUCCAAAAUGAGUAUUUAUAUUUAAAAUGUGCAGACAUUCAGGUAUAUUGUGUUGAGUUGUUGCUUACACAUACAGUACAGUAUAUACAAGUGUUGACUUAAAUAUGAUAAUGUCUCACCAUAGCACAAACUUAGACCAAUAAAACUCUUCCUCCAUC